AUGGCCUCGAAUCAGCGACAACGUUAUGAACCUGUACGUAUGAAGGUCGUUUGUUCACUUUGUUGGUCGAAAUAUUAAUUUAUCCAGACAUUUUAAUUGAGCUUAAGCGUAUUUGUCUCUUUUACCUUGUUUGUUUUGCUUAAAAACAUUGAAGUUUUAACUAUAACUUUACUUACAAUAAUUUUAAUAUGUUUUUUCAAACCUUUUUAGUUUUAUGAUCUCGAAUGUGCUGCGAUUAUUUCUUCUUUUAUGCUCUAAUAUCAGAACAGUGGAAAGAAGGCCUUUUGUGCUAUGUACAUGCGUCAUGAAUGUUGAGCUUAAACUUACAUUAGACAAAGGUGCUAUGCUGCUGAAAGUACUUUUUAAUGAUGUACAUUCAGCCGACACAGUUCCGAGGACGCUAAACGAGUGGCAGGAGGAUUUCAAGAGGCGAUAUUUGUAGCUAGCAUUUGCAACAGGAAAAAAUAAUAAUUAUUAUAACAGAUGGAAGAUAGAAAAUAGUACAUGAAAUAACAACUUAGUCUUAUAACCAUGACUUUCGUGUGUGACUAGAAAACACAAAUUAGAAAGCAAUUUUUCUGUUUCAUUUUAGGUAUCCACCAGUGAACCACCCUCCCCUCCCCCAGUUCCUGUAACUUUGACAAUAUCUCCACCUCCUGAUGGUGCUGCACUGUACUCUCCCCCUCCCCCCUAUGAACCGAGCACUGAACAAGACACAAUAGCAGGUAAAGAAUUUACAUAAUAUGUUUGUUUAGAGUUUAAUGUCAGGAAAACAUUUAGUCAUGGAUACAAUGCUCGGUUUAAAGGGACUGGUUCACGAUAAUGCGCAUGUGUGAGUUCUGACAGUAGCUGAUUGUUUUUCAACCAAUCGGAAGCGAGUUAGAUUCAUGCAAGUAAAUUUACAAAAUUCAAAUUAAUUGUUCGCGACACGAGAGUAUUCUGCGCAUUUGGUUUGAUUUUAUUUAUCCCCAUAAUUCAAGUUUAUUCUUUGCUACUCCUCAGAUAUAUGAUGCAGCCGAUAAGAAUAAGAUCUACAGCCCUGUCCUGCUUUGAAACAAACAUUUACCAACGUGUAUUUUUACGAGGUCAUACCCAUGCUAACAAACCAGUCACCGAUCGGCAAACAAAAUUUGUAAACAAACAUCUUUAUAUUACUGCUCUCUCAGUUCGCCUUAUAUAAAUCCAGAAAUACCUACAAACAGCACCUGACCGGUGACAAAAACGUACAACAUAUGAGUAUAAAGAUCAUCCUUAAUUGAGCAUAAAUUUCAAAUGCUUAUCAACAAAUGAACAAAUUCAUUCGCGUUGCAUCGGGUCAGUGUUCCGCAAAACAAAUGUUAUCGAGUAGCACACAUAAAGAAACUAGAUUAUAAACAGAAUACUCAGGCAAUAAUUUAUUUAAAAAACAUCAAUUCUUAAACAUAUACGAUCGUAAAGCAAAGAUACAAGGAACAUUUCAAGUGUACCAGAUCGGUGAAGAUCGCGCGGCCUGUUGCGGUAUAACUACAGGUCGGAGUCAAAAAUCAAAUCAAAGUUGAACGAACUCAUGCCUUUAACCACUUUCCAAGUGUCGUGUAUACUUUACGUAAACCACACACUACUACUAGAGCCAUACCAGAUCGAUAGGCUAAGCUUCUCUUUUCUCCAAAGACUCUUGAGAACGUCCUGUUGCCGGACAGCCACGAUCCUCUUCUGAACCUCCAUGAUCAAAACAUUAGUUUUUGCGUCUUCUUAAAAUGCAACCAGUCAAAGGACGUAACCACACGUUAAUCACCACUACUGAAGUAUAACUAGAGCAGCCAAAGCGACGGAUGUCCGAAUAAAACGAAGGAUUUUCAGUGAUUGUACCGGUAAUGGCGAAUUCGAAUUUAGUGUUGACCCAACAAAUUUAUUCUGAAGAGACAAACGGCGCGCAUGCGCAUUAUCGUGAACCAGUCCCUUUAAAACAUUUCAACUCAGAUAAUGCUAACUUGAGAAAAAGGAAGUAAAAAUUAAACUUGUGAACUGUGCAAAGAAAGUAGUGUCCUAUAUCCUGGGGCUAGUGUAUUUUGCUAUUGGGCUAGUGAAUUUGGUUCUCAACUAGCCCGAUGGGCAACUAGUGAAGUUUUUUAAAGAAUUCAAUUUACAGAAGAACUGUGUAGUCAAACCUGCUCAUCAAAAAGUCUCUGGAGCUAGUUAAAAUGUUUUGGGCUAGUGCAUGCUAGCUACAGCUAGCCCAAAUGGCAAGGAGUAAAACUGACUUUCCUUGCACCCUGCUUGUGUAAAAAGUUUCAACCAAAAGAUCGUACUGUAUGACAAACAAAAUUCAGAUGACGGUUUUGUUAACUCAGUUGUUAUUAUGCAUUCACAUACAAACAGAUGUUAGGUUUUUAGUGUAUAAUAAAUUAUGGCAUGGUGGAUUCAUCAUUCUGUGGUGAGCAAAAUUUUCUAUGCACUUGUAAAUCUGAUACAGCCCAAACAAACCAAGGCAUUGUUCAAGCUGAAUAACUAAGGAGAAAAAUAAUAUUAUUCUUACCCAAGACUCACCCUGGACAAGUUUUGAAAAUUUAGAAACGAAGAUAAACGGACUAAUUUAAAAGCCCAGUCAAAAUGUGCUGGCAGACAGCAAUUUUGCCACUUCCAGUUGAAUAUUUGCUAGUUACUCAGCACAGGUUGAAUAAUUGUGACCUUCUCCAGGAAAACGUACACUAACGGUUUUCCGUUUAACGGGUAAAAACUAACGGCUAACGAACGGCUUGUUAACGGCUUUUCUAACGCCCUUAACGGGUUGGCUAACGGUUUGAACGUGUAGGCGAAAAAAUCUAACGACCUACAAAAGCGUUCGAACGGAUUUGCUCUGAUUUUCCUAAUGACUUUUUUGAACGUUUCUAACGGGCGGACUAACGGCUUCAAGAAACAAUCAUCUAACGGUCUAAGAGAACGUUUGAUAAAAAUCAAACGUUUCGAGUGAUAACAGCUCAAAGACUAUAAAACAUUAUGCGCGAUGAAAUCAGUUGUACCUGUCUGACAUUUCAAAUCAUCUGAGUCGUCAAUAAAACUCGGGAGACAGACAAGACAUAAAAUUCAGUUAAAAACCCAAUCUUUAAAAUUCGUUUAUUACUCACCAACGUUCGUCCAAGUGAUGGACCAAAAGUCGCAAUGUUACUUCCGUUUCUCGAAUACUACAUGUAGUACGCAAACAUUCACGUGCAUGAGUUGGAAGUUUUCGCUCCUGUCUCGCGCUGUGGCCGUUUUGAAAAUAAGCAAGAGCUUUUCUAGAAAGUAAAUUAUAAAAAUUGAUACAUUUUCCCUGUUCUUGAUCAUAUCUUGACUAAAAAUGCGAAUUUUUACCGCUUCUUGGUUGAUUGCUGCGUUUUAGUUCGAUCGAUCCUGACGAUGUCGCCGUUCAAGUGCAGCAUUGUCAUAGCAACUACUUGCUCAGUCCCAGUCCUUUGAUGUCAUACAGGUAUUCUCAUUAAAAUGUAUUUCCCACGUUUGUCCCACGGAACUUAAAAAACACAGACAAAAAUUAUCCACUUAUUUUAUUUAUUGCUACGAUACCUAACAUUACAAGUCUGAGAGAAAAUCUAUGAAUCUUGAAGAUUCGUACGCUCAACUACAAUUUAUUCGACAUGAUAGUUAUCUUUGUGAAAAUGUGUAAACUGAGAUCGUGUGAAGUGUCCAACAGAAGAAAUGGUUUACUGGCGCCUCCAGGUAAAUAAUCAGAAAACCUAUUCGCUUACAUGUUGCUAUUAAUAGUUUGUUACGUACGUAUGUAAAUGCUCGUGUGUUCAAGUGCGCGAAUGUAGCCUGAACGACAAACGCAUGAAAGUGUGAGAAAACGUAUGUGUUGCAGGUUUUAACCGAGUACAGAUUGGGCGAUAAUCAAACGAAUGUAGAGCGAUAACCUAACGAUUAUAAUUUCAAAGGACAUAAAACAGAAUAAUCAAAAGAACUUCACUCAUUAAACGUUCUAGAAUGCAAAUCUAACGACUUUGCCGAACGACUUGAACGUCCUGGAACGAAAUUUCGAACGACUUUUUCUAACGUUUUAAACGACCUUGACUAACGCCUUUAACGGUUUCUCUAACGCUUCUAACGGCAAGGCAAAUUUUUCUAACGGUUUUACUAACGGCUUGAACGCUUUCCCAAGCCGUUGUAACGCUUAGUUAACGGGUUGUUAACGCUUUAAGCCGUUAAACGGUAAACCGUUAGUGUACGUUUUCCUGGAGAAGGUCACAAUUUUUAGGCCUUUGCUACCUUCUACUCUGGUUUUGUGGCCUACUGUUGUACACCAUUAUUUUUGACGAGGCUGAGUGGAGAACCCUGUACAAAAAGGGCAUAAGUGACAAUUUUGCUAGAAUUAUAAAGUUACUUUGCCAGAUUCUCACAUGUGAAUAUUAUUUCAAACGACACAGCCUUGAGUGAGCUUGCAAAGCAGGCAUAUUUGGCUGCACUAGCGAUGUACAAUCCUUCUAUUGCUCUGCUACCAUCUUGGUUGAUGAAAUUGACAGGGGUUGGGGCUAUCCAAAAAAUGAUUUAAGGGAGAGGACCAAGGUGGAAAGGUAAAGAAGGGCAAGAAGAGGGGAAAAUACUCCUGCAUGCAUCCGUUUGGGAGCUUAAGAUCAAGGAUGCAAUGGCAUUUAGGACGCUGUGACCAAUGAAAUGAGAAAGGAAUUGUUUGUGUGGGGAAAAUAAGCUGAUUAUUUAGGCGUUACCCAAAUAGAGUGACUGAGAUCACUUGCUUUGAUUCAAAGUUGCCAUAGGCAAGCAAUACAUGUGAAUGUAAACAUGCCAAGUAAGCAAGCCAAGUGAUGCAAAUGUCUGCCGUGCGUUGUGUCACAACACAGCAUUUGUCUUCGUUACAUAUGCAGUGUUGUCAUUAGAAGCCGGGACCCAGGUACUAGCACCCGUUUACUUUGAUCAGAGUACCCGGCUUCUUUUUCCCCAAUUAACAGGACAAGUACGAAACUGAAAAAAAAUCAGCCGAAAAUAAAAAUUAAGUCUUCCAUUUAAGUUGAAUAUUUUCUUUAAAAAACCUUUUUAUCAGUUGUCUCGCAUCAGAUCCUUGAGGUGACUUUUACUAGUACUUCAAGAAAAGCAAUCUUUGUUGUCUGUCAUCCUCUUUUUUCGAUCCUGUUAUAAAUGUUAUAUUUGGCUCUUACAUAACACCUGCACAUGACAUGCCACUUGUUUGGAAGCAAGUGUGUUCUAUGACUUCUAUGAAACAGCUUAUAAAAAGUUCAUCAUGGCAAGCAAACGAAAAUCUCAAGGUGUCCUGGAUAAUUUUUUUGUGUCCCGGAAAAGGUCAAAAUGUUGGUUUUUAGAAUUUUAAUACACUUGAAGUUUUGCAAUAUCAAUAUAGUGAAAUUUACAUAAGCGCUGAUAAUUUUGCAUUUUAGAAAGAAUAAAGAGCGCAUUGACCCUAGCUGACCCUACACAUGAAAUUUACAUCUAAAAUUUUAAGUCCCCGUGUUUUUCCGGUUUACUUGUGCAUUGGACGAUGAUGCUUGGGUUUGAAAACAUUUUAUUGUAUUUAGCAAUUUUAUCCUGAGAAAAUGAAUGUCAAAUUUCCCAAAAGUACAUCUUACACAUGAAAGUUUUAGAAUUUUACCUGUAAAAUCUCAAUUCUUGUGAAAUUUGACAUUUAUUUUCUCAGACUUCCAUGAGAAAUUUUCUUUGGUGUUACUACAGAUGAUUUAUUACAUCUUUAGCCCUUGAAAAAUGUAAAAAAGAAUGCAAUAUUCUUUAAAUUAUUCUGGUACAAGAUUUUUGUCCACUGAAAAUUAAAAUGACUCAAUUUCCUGAUGAUUCCAUCUUAAAAUACUGGUGUCAGUUACACUCAUCAUUACUAAGUUGUAGUGACUUGUAUCUUGUUUAUUUGUAAGAAGUAAGGGAGGCACCCUAGUGUCUUGUUGUCAAUGUUGGCUCUGUCUGUAAAAAUAGCUGGAAGGUGUUACCCAAUUUGCAAUACACAUUUGGCAUAAUAUGUUUCCCAAAAGAAAUUCCAAACACCAAAUAAAAUCCUCUUAACAAUACUUCUAACCCAAAACAAUGCAUUGCAAAUGUUUUUCAGCGCUAGCUAUUUUUAUUAUUUAACACAGUAGAAGAUUGAAUGAACAAAUUCUUGGAGAGCAAAAUGAAAUUUUUUGUUGUAAACUGGGUAAAUGAGGAGUGAUAAGAAAAGGAUAAUUUCUUUUUCAGAAUGCAGGAAAAUGCAUUCCUGGGAGUCAAAUUUUUCAAAAUUUUUAAGAGGAGCCCCGUACCCCCCUAGAAGCUCAGGCCUCUGGCCCUCGCCAUUUAGGGUACCUGCCUGCUUUACCUCAUAUGCCCUUCAACUUUGAGAGUAAAUGAAACCCCUGCAUACGUCCCACAGAUGAAGCACAGCAACGAAAUUUGCAAUAGAAAACAAACUUUCUGGAAAAACAAGGUACACAUGAGUGAAACACUAUUAAAUAAUUAAAAUUUUCCCUUUGGAAAAUAUAAUCGUCCUCACAGUACAUGGAGUGAAUGGUUUGGCUUGCUGCCAAGAGUUUGACAAUAUUUUACUCUCAGUUGUUGAGUGCCAAAGAAGAUGUCACACAAAAUUCCAAGAUCUCGUGCAUAAGAUAAUUAAGAGUAACAUUGAAUGAUGCAUAAUUUCAUUGCAUAUUUUCAGAAAGGAGGUGAUUUCUUAAAAUCUUAUCGAACAAAAUGACCCCAUAAACAAGUUGUAUUCUUUCAGGGUCGAACCUUAAAAGGGGCAGAGUCCAAGAUUUGCACUUGCAAGUUUAUAACCCUUGCGUUAAUCAGAUUAAGUCAUAUUCUCACAUACACGAACCACGAAGGCAGCAAAUUCCAAAGCUUUCAUGUGCAAACUGGGUGAUGAUACAACUCACAGUAAAGGCCUGAUCACAUUUGAGCCAGGGAAGCAAUGCGCAUGAACAGUGUGUUACCCGCUGUCCUGUUUUUCAAUUGGUUGAUUUGCCCUCCAAGCGUGAUUACUUGGAAAAUUUCCACCCGGGAAAAAGGGAAACACAAAACUGGGAUCCCAGAUUACUGGGUUGGCUCGAUUGUCACAUAAGUGCAAAAGUUGAUUUUUGUUGCUUUUAUCUAAGGUGCCAUGUUUUCUGCUUCUAUAGACAGAUUUUAUGCCCUCUCCUUAACCUCACUGAUUUUUCAAAGCUCCCGAGCGCACACACAAAAUUUCAGUUCUCCCUCUCGACAUCUUCAUACCCCCUUCUCUUGAUUAAAUGAUCUUUUGGGCUAAUCCAUGUUCUCUUGAUACAAAUAGUAUCAAAAAUAAGUGAAAAACAAACCUAAACAAAAAACUUAACAAAUGAAGUGGUGGUUGUGAAAAGUCUUAUAAAUAGUCGAAAAACAUACUGUACUUAUUUUAUUAAAAUAAGUACGAGUAUGUUUUUCGACUAUUUAUAAGACUUUUCACAACCACCACUUCAUUUCAACACACUGUCACUACACUAUCCCUUGAUAACCAAAUUAACACUUCCACAACUACCUCACUGCAACACCUAUGAAAAUCACUUUUACCUCCCAAAGUAAUAAUUUUUUGUUACUUCAUAUUAAUUUCUACGAGAAACAAGUUUCACUGAUAAACAAACUACAGCCAUCAUCUUACCAAUUCACAUCCAAAUAUAACUCCAUGCCUUCCACUUCACACAUCUCAACCAACCCCUAAAAUAUGCAACACUAUUGCACUACUCACACAUACCUAAUACACAUGAAAAACUUCACACGCCUAGUACAUUGACACCCAAAUUUGUGCUGCCACAGCGUCUUGUUGUAAGUUUUGCAAUGGGAGGUCUGUCUGAUGCAGAAAAAACAAAACAAAAAUAAAACAUGGAAACAUUAGAAUUCAAAGCAUGCUGUUAUUAUGCUUGUAUGUGAACAAAUCAUUGAUGAUGCCUAAUUUCUUUUGUUAUGAGAAAUGCAUACUGCAGAAUCCGCCAUUUCCACACUCACAUGAAAAAUUUUCUCUUGUAAACAAAGAACCACCCGAGUGUAUUAAAAGCAGAUUUCGUAUUAUUUCUUAUCUUAAAGCUUUGUCUUAUUUGGAGUGCUCAUCUGGUGUUAUCCCCAAAGCUCUUUCCUCAUAUCUCAAGACUGUUGACCAAAAUGAACCGAUCGCUUAUCAAUGAAGAAUGUUGAAACUGACAUUUAUUCAGCGCAGAAAUUUUUUCCCACAUGCUGCUUUGUUGCGCCAAUCUCUUCUUUGCUGUGUAGCUUGGUUUAUGUUUGCAACUUCUCUGCAUAGGAUAAGCUAAGUCAUGGGUGGUCUUUUGUCCAAAACAUCAUGCAGUUUCGGUGGUUCAUUUGGUGCUUUUUAUUGAUGUAUUGCUUACUGUUGGUGGAAAAUUUGUGGCUUUGACCUGAUGCUUUCACUUGGACAUGUUUCUGACAAAAAUCAACUUUUGCAUUGCCAGCUACAUCUUCCAAAACUUGUCAAAUACACAGUCACGUCAAUUUCUUUGUUGGAAGUAAAUUUCUGGCUUCUAGUAAAAGACAACUUGUUGUUCAUUGGCUGUUUAUGCAUUUCCACGAAAGCAAUAAAGCACAGCUCAUUAGGGGGUGUUAAGUAAUUUUAUCACCUUCUAACAUUUUCCUCUUUCUCCCUCAGUCAAGCUAGAGUGUCUUCUUACUACUGGUUUGACUGUAAUGGCCUUAUUGUCAGUGUUGAUUUGUUUAACAUGCCAUCAAGUUCACUAAAGCAUUCUGCCAGUGCCUUUGAUAUGCAGUCAUUUUAAUCUGUCUUGCCAUUCCAAUGUAUUCUAAAUUGAUUGUGGCUAAAUUUGAUGUUCUACAGAACUAUGAUUUAGAGUGUUGCAUGACAUAUUGUACAGCUGUAGUACUGUGACAAAUUCUUUCAGAUUCUGAUCUUCCACCAUCGUAUGAUAUUGCUGCUAAACUACCAACCUAUGAAGAAGCAGAAAGGGUAAAGGAGCAAUAUACUGAUUUGGUAAGAUUAUUUUCUCUUUUUAUGUAUUUAGCCUGUGAGUAAGCUCUCCAGGGAGCUCUUGGGUAAAGGGUGGGGAGGGGAGGGAGAGUGUGAAGUCACAUCUCAGGAAUUAAAAUUCCAUUGAGUGAGAGUGGGGGAUUGGUGUUGAGGGAUGGGGGUUGAAGUAAGGUACAUUUUGUCUUAAUACCCAGAAAAUCACUGCUUCAUAACUUCUUUCCUUGAUGGCUGAAUUAAUAGUUCUAAAACCUGUAGCUGCAGGGUUUCCCAAGUUUCAAAGCCAUGGAUAAAAAUGAAAAAGUUAUGAGACAAACUUUGUCAUAGUUCAUUUUGCAUGCAUUAAUUGUGGAGCAAGUCAGAUUCAUGUACUCUCUUCUUUUUGGAUAAUUAUGGUAAAAGAAAUUCUGCUCUGAUUGAUCUGGGGAACUUGUUUUCAACUUCUUAGUGUAAACCAAGAAUUUGUUAGGGGCUCAGUGUUUAAUGGAGAUAAUACAGUACUUGAUUUACUUUAUUUAUUUUAAGGUUGAAAGGAAUGCUCUUCUUAUUGAUGGUGGAAUAGGUACAGUGAAUUUCCUUAACUUGUACUUAUACCUACGAAGCUGCAAAAACUGUAUACGCUCAAACCUCCGUGUGUGACCACGACCACAUUUUGGACUGACGGUUUUAUAACUUUGCAUUGUUUUAAGCUUCUUGUAAGCAACUGCUUGACUCCUCAUGGUCUGAUCUUUUUGUUCACUACAAUGUGUGCACACUGCGCUACUCAGAGUAUGCAAAGAACCUUUAGUGAGAACAUGGAACUACACAUAAUUAUCAUAACUUAGAGAUUGCAUGCAAUAAUUCUCAGAAUUCCAAAGAGUGGAUACAUUAGGAUCGGGUUCUCCUCUUGGAAGGGACCCCUUGUGGACUGAUUCUCAUAAGCGACUACCUCCCAUGAGGUGACCACUAUCUCUUUGCAUUCUGGAUGGUCACUUACAGGAGAUUCGUCUGUAGAAAAACAUGUACUUCUUAAUUAUUAAGAAGUACAAGUUUUUCUUAUAAACAUUGUUCUAGCAACAAGUUUGUUGAUAAUUUAAUCUCAUUUAGUUUGGUGCUCUUUUUUUUGUUGCAGAAGUUUCUCUUGGGAAUGACUGGCUAUUUCUGAUUUGUUUUAUCAGUGAGUCAUCUUAAAUCUGCAUGUUCAUUAAAUAAUAAUAAAUUCAUACUAUAAAAUAGACCCUGGCUAUGGCCAACAUGAACACCCCACUAUCUUCAACUGAAACUGCCAUCGGUUGCAUCUAAGCAUACAUGACUGUACAGUGUUCAAAAGUAGAGUGGAGCAAACUAAAUAAAUGUAAAAAAACAAUGAUAAAUUACCAGCACUUACAUGAUCAUUCUAGAUAAAAUGCUUGGGAGACCUAUUACAUGGAUGUUGUGAGUUAUUUUAUUGACAAAUUCAAUUUCCUAUGGAUAAAAGAUAUUUUUGUAUUUGUCACCUUUAUUUGGUAUAGGGAAUUAAUGCCUUAUCAAAUUAUCAGAAAUUUGAAAACUUGGUGUUAAUUUUGAGUUGCAUUGGUUUUUGUAAAGGUUAAUUUCUGGCCGUUGAUUAAGUGGAGCAUUAAUUUUCGCAACGUUACUGUAGUUUCCAUUAUUCUGGCCCCAAAUUCUCAAUACACUUCUGAUGUUCUUGACACCUAGGAGAGAAGAGUAUUUUAUGAGGGUGAAGAUCCACUGAUAACAGUGAAACUGUGAAGAACCCUUGGCCAGAUUUCGCUGCAUUACCCCCUCCAUGCAUUUAGGGAAAGUACCACAAACAAAGUCUUAAUUAAGGUCUUUAAUGUUGCAUUAAUUUCCCUAAUUUUGAAUUGUUACCCUCUCUUUCGUGUUAAUUUCCAAUAUGUUAAUUUCAUGGAGCGUUAGUUUCCCAUAAUGAGGUUAGCAAUACCAGUAUCUAAUGUAAUCAACAUGAACUUUAUCCCUCUAGUUUCAUUUGUUUUUAACUGGCUGGGUUUCUUUGCUGCAUACUGUAUGACCAAGACUGUGGCUGGGAGGUAUGGAGCAAUAUCUGGCUUUGGACUCUCAGUUGUCAAAUGGGUUCUUAUUCUGAAGGUGAGAGGUGAAUUCAGUUACAGUUGGCUACCGGUAACCCGAACCCUCUAUAACUUCAACCUCCCACUAACUUGAAGCAAUUUUCAUUUCCCUUCAGAUCAUUUUCUGUAUAAUUUUACCCUCAAUAACUUGAACUCCCGAUAACGCAAACUUUUUUCCCUUGAAGGUUCGAAUUAUCAGGAGUCGACUGUACUAAUUUUAUAAUGGUCGAUGAAGUUCCAAAGUUUAGCCAUUCAUACGUUUUAUUCCAUCUUGUCACCCAUGGAGAGAUCAUGGGAGAUAGGAUUGUGCCUGCAUUAACUCAGUGCAUUGUUGCCUUUUUUGUGAAUGGUCAUGAAUUAUUUUGUAAUUGUAAAUUGGGUCUUUUUUGUUGACACAAUGUCAACUAAAUCGCCUUCUGCUUCUUCUAAAGAAGUUUGAGUGGAGGUGCACCGACUACCCAGUGAGAAAGCUGAUAAACACUCAAAACUCAUAUGAAGAUGGGAAUGAAGUCGUAGUUGAUUUCCGCCACAACGAAAUGGCAAGCGCUCAGUUUGCCUUGUUUUUCUCAGUUGACUGAGUGAUUAGCGACCAUCUUAUCGACUCAUAUUUUUGAGAAAUAUGUUGUUAAAGACAAGGUUGAGGUCACUGAGAGUGAUCCCAAGGACAAUAAUCUGUCAAAAGACCAAGAAGUUUGCCAAGAGAAGGCAACUUCAAACUAACCUUCAGCCAUGGAUGUUGAUGCAACGGUCCAGGACCUGUUGACAAAAUGUUGAAGAAAGUGGCACAGUCAAACCACCAAACAACACCCCUUCAGUUGGAGGUUCCUAGAAAGUGUUCCCUCCCAUUCAUGAUGAACUUGCAAGAAUUGUGACGUGUCUUGUUCGAGACAGCAUGCUGAAAGAUAAUCUUCAAGAAGAAUUUAACAAGUACCCUCAGCCCAAAAACUACAAACAGUUGACGAAGGUUUGUGUUAACCAAUUGAUUUGGGACAACCUCAGUGCUUCCAUUCAGUCACAAGACCUGAGAUUUCAAAAAUACAAACAUCUAUUUUGAAGGGCAUGACAGCACUCACUUGCAUCACUGAUGCCAUCAUGAAAAAUACUUUGGAGUGGUUUUGCCACCCUGUGCAUCUGGCUUUGAAAUCUCACAUGAUCCCUCUGUGGAUGACAAGGUGGAAUAGAAAAGUUAAACUAGACUUACCAGAAGUUGAAGUUAGACUGGCAUUCAACCUGUCACCAUACACAGAGGGAUUAUGUACCCUCCCUUGGGUCCCACCCUGUGUUGCAACCUGACUGCAAUGCACAGAGGUGGAACUAAAAAGACUGAGUUCAUUGAGGCACAAUGCUAUCUCACGUAAUCCCUCUCUGUAUGGUGACAGGUGGAAUCCCAGUCGAACUUCAACUUAUGGAAAGUCUUGCUCACCUUUUGUAAUGAUAUUGAAUGCAGAAUAUGUAUACGGGAUCAUUUGUGCUAAUUACAGUAGCCUUCAGACUUUAUUUGAUUAAAAGGUAGAUAAAUUAAAAGGGUUUUGAGUAUUAAUUUUGAUAGCCAACUUUUGAGACUUAGUAAGUAUACAAAAUCAGGCUCGUUGUGCCUUAAAGCUCUUAAGGGGGCUUUAUAUGUUAUUGAAACUAGUAUUGACAUUUACAGUGAAUGAAGGUGCAUUCAUAAGUUUUUCCGCCCAGACAAUAGUGCCUUUCUGUGAUACAAAUAGGAGCAUACUGGCAUAUAUAUAUACCUACAAGUGUACAGUGGUGAAAGCUAUAAAGGUCAAAUAACUCAAAUAUGUUUAGUUUCUCCUUAUUUUCUCAUAGAAUUUUGUUGAUAAAUUGAGCUCAAACUUUUUCAGUUGUUUUUUGUAUGCUUUGAUUUGCGUGCAUGAAAUUCUGUUAUGCUUAUUUUAUUUUCUGUUUGUUCUUCAGAAUGCAGCUUCUGAUGAAGUGAUUGUUAUUCACUCAUGGAUUUGGUGGCUCUUCAAAUAUGUUUAGUUUCUUGGUAAUGAUAUAUUUUGAUAUAUUUAAAUUUUCAGUUGUUUUUUGUAACUUUGACUUUGCAGAAAGUACUGUUAUGCUUAUUUUAUUUUCAUUUGUUCUUCAGUGCUGAUGUCUAGGAUGGAGGUUUGUUAUUCACUCAUGGAUUUGGUGGCCAAAUGUCCCACACAUAAUGGUACAUCUAUAUUUAUAUGCCAGAGUAUAUCAAAAUAUUUUAUAUAAUGGAUCACAGGCAUUCAUUAAAAUAGAUUUCUUCAUAGCGGCAAUGACUCAUCCUAGUAGAGUGCUCAAUUUGGACAUGAAAGCAAAAAAGCUUUGUAAUGCCAAAGAGCUAUAUCUAACUGCAGACAGUAUAUUUUUGACCUUCUGGGCCUCAUCAGUGCAGUGCUGAUGUCUAGGAUGGAGGUUAAGGCCACCCCAAAUGUCCCACACAUGUGGUACAUCUAAGCCAUGCCAGAGUGCUCAAACUAGCGAGCUAGCGAGCGUGCGCAAUUGCUAGCGGCAAUGACUCAUCCUAGUAGAGUGCUCAAUUUGGACAUGAAAGCAAAAGCUUUGUAAUGCCAAAGAGCUAUAUCUAACUGCAGACAGUAUACCAGUAUACCAGUAUAUAUAAUAUUUUAUAUAAUGGAUCACAGGCAUUCAUAAAAAAAUAGAUUUCUUCAUAGUAAAGACAUACUCAACACAAAUUAAGAGUGUGAUUUUACAACUUUUUUCCACCUAUAUUUUGACCGAAUUUGAAGGCUGGUGUUUUGGUGAAUUUUUUGGACAUUUGUGUUGAACAUGUAAUAAUGUGAUAUAUAUUAAUUCAAUUUUUUUACACAUCUUCAUUGUAGGUAGAUGCAAUGUGGAGACAAACUUUCACUUUUCAUCAGAAAAUGUUUAUAUCAGUUCUUUUGAUAACCCCCCACCUCCCCCCUCAAAAAAAAAAUACUAAAUUAAUUGCAUUCCUUCUUGGUCUGAAAUUGACCACAACCAAGUGAAUCAGAAAAAGUUCCAGGUUUUUAGGACAAAUACCAUUUUCACUUUUUACUUUAUUAAUUCAAAUGUACUUGAAAGGAUUCUCUUUAAGGAAAUUAACAGUUAACCUGUGUGCUUGACUUCCAGCAUUCUUUUUUAAAGUUGUGGGUUUUAGGUAAUUUUAUGAUUUUGUUCCACUGGGUCAGGUAAUGGCAAAUGACAAUCUCAAAACACACAGAAACAUGUUCUAGCAUGGUGGUGAAAUGUAAAAUGCUAAUCAUUGCUAAUAACAUUAGUACAUGUUUUUCACAUGCUUUACCCAUAUAGGCAAAAUAUGACUUUCCCAAACUCUCCAACAUAACUGAAACUGAAGUCACUUUUAGUAUAAUUAGUCUUCUGGUUGAAUGCAUCACAUAUUCAAUGAUUACUCUCAUUUUUUGGUGUUUUAGGAUGGUUAAUCUUUGUGCGAAGCAUUCUGGUGUAUGUGCACAUCAAGUGGUGGGUAAAGAAAGGUUGUCGUUCCUUUCCUCGUUACUGGGGAAUUCCAGGAAGCAAUUAAUUGAGCAUCGUUUCUACAUUUGGAGGCAAAUUUAAGGGAGUGUGUUAUGGGGCUAUUCAAGAUUAGUAGACAAUUUUCUCUUUAUUGAGCACUGACUGUCAAUAAUUGAUUUUAGUAACAACUAUCAUACACUACUAGUGAAAGUAUAUGUAACUGUUAUGUUAGUAAUUUGUCAACCACAUUAGUUUUAGUAAACACCAAAGCAUACCUGAUCAACACUUAGGUGAGUAUUUGUUGUGUACACCACACAAGGAAAUUGCAAGCGGCGUAAAGUGCUUGCAUGUUUCUCCUUCUUAUUCUUCAUUCAGGAAUGGUUGCCUGGAUGGCUCUGCCCAACUAGCCAAUUUGUGUGGUGUAUGAUGUCAAUCCCUGAUUUCCUUUUAUCAAUGUGAUAGUGUCAAAAAAGAAAAAAAAGUGUCAGAAACAUUGUGGAUUUGUUGUUAGUGAUAAUGACCAGCAGGAAACUAGACUAGGAAGGUAUGAAACUACUUCAGUGCAUUCUAAAUAUGUUUAGGAUGCCAAAAUGUGCAAGUCCAGUUUGGAAAUACCUGUAUUUCACAACCCUUCGAUAAAUAAAGAAAUGAUCAAAUUAGAUUUAUCAUUUGUAAACAAUAGCAAGAUGUUCCAACACUGUUCAAUAGGGUAUUCAAAUGAAUCCAACAAUUUUGGAUGAAGCUGAACCAACAUGUUGGAUGCUCCUUUUUCAAGCUUACUCUAUGUGGCUUAGAACUAGUUAGAAGAAUGUGUAAUCUUCAAAACAAUUAUUAUUCAUUCUUGCAGGUCAAUUUGCUCGUCAUGUUCUUGGCAUUUCAAUUAGCAUUAGAUAAAUAUUGAUAGUAAGAUAUUAAGAUGGAAUCCAUCAGGAAAUUGAGUAAUUUUAAUUUUCAGUGGACACAAACCUUUUACCAUAAAUAAUUUUAAGCAUAUUGCAUUUUUUUCACAUUUUUCAAGGGCUAUAGAUGUAAUUAGUAAUCUGUGAUAACACCAAAGAAAAUUUCUGAUGGGAGCCUUCGAGAAAAUAAAUGUCAAAUUUCACAAAAUGAAAUCUUACACAUGAAAUUUUCAGAAUUUUUUCGGAGUUUUCACAUUUCUUGUGAAAUAUGACAUUUGUUUUCUCAGGCUCCCAUGGGAAAAUAAUUGUCUUUCUGUUAUUACAGAUAACUAAUUAUAUCUUUAGGCUGCGUGCAAACGGACGCAACAUUGUUGACCAACAACUCCCAACAUUGUUGGAUGUUACAUGUUGCGUCCGUUUGCACACCCUGUUACAUGUUGUUGAAUGUUGUUGCGUGUUGUUGCGCAAGGUUUGAAACCGGUCAAACGUUUAGCCCCGUGCAAACGGAUGCAACAUUGUUGGCCUACAAAGUGUAAAAAUAAUGCGAUAUUGUUAAAUUUUUCUAGUACAAGGUUUUUGUCCGCUGAAAAAUAUAAUUAAGUUCCUAAUGGGUUCUGGCUUAAAGAUAUAACCAGUACAAGACCUACAAGGCCCGUUAUUAAAACUUUGCUUUAUUGAACUGCAAUCAGUGUACCACCAAGUGUCUUUAUUGAACAUUGAUCAUAUUGCAUGAGCCCACAUUGGAUACAAUCAAGGCGGUAUCUAACAGGAGCAAGUCGAGUAAAUGUUUUAUUAAUUUCUCAACCUUCUCUUUCGCCCAGUGUUACUUAUUUUUACAAAACUUCUCUGUAAUUGUGCAGGACUCAGGCACACCGCUCGUGUCGCACUCGUUUACUAAGGUAAAAGGUAUAAUGGCUGAUGAUAGCCGAGAUCCAGUGAACCAACGAAAAAGCUAAGCCCCGUACAAACGGACGCAACAUUGUUGGAUGUUACAUGUUGCGUCCGUUUGCACACCCUGUUGCAUGUUGUUGGAUAUUGUUGCGUGUUGUUGCGCAAAAUUUGAAACCGGUCAAACUUUUCAGCCAACAGCUCCUAACAUUUCUUUUGUUCCGUGAUCGCCGAAGCGUUGCGCAACAAUGUUGGAUCCGUUUGCACACCUCUUCCAACAUUGUUGGGGCCACGCACGCUCAUUAUGCGUGGUUUACAAAGACUUAUGGGUUGUAUCCUUCCCACGAUGCACUGCAGGUCCCAGCAUUGUUGAGAGUUGUUGCAUCCGUUUGCACGCGACUGCCAACACACACGCCAACAAUGUUGGGAGUUGUUGCGUCCGUUUGCACGCAGCCCUAAAAAUACAUUAUCCGAGGUUAAGAACUAAAUAAAAGCGAUUAUUGUUGGUAGAUGAUUUUUUUUGUAGUAUAAACUAAAAUAAUAUAAUUAUGUAUAGUAAAUGAUGUUUAGGUUCUAG